UGUGUAGGUUGGGAAUAAAAAAUAAAAGAAAGAAAAGACAGUGAGAGGUAUGGGGUUAGAAUUGGGGGUUAGGGAUUGCAUCGAUAAUAUGUGGGAGGAAGAAGAGGAGCAAAUUCGGGAGUGCGGGGGGUCAGAUUCCGUAUGGGAGAGACUGAGGAACCAUCCCAUCUACUCACCACCACAAUCUCCCACCUCCGUCUUCCUCAUCGCUGCACAAUUCCACUUCUCACCACCACCAACUACCUCCGUCCUCAUGUCUCCAUAUCUCGACUUCUCACCACCACCACCACCACCACCACUACGAAUUCUAUGCCACUCCGAAUGUAUUUUCAUUUCGGCACCGCGCAAGUUCUCUUCAAGAGGCAAUUCCCGCUGCUUAAUAAGCGCGAACAUUUCGGAAGUAGCCAUUUAUGGUAUUCAUUACAUUGAACUUGAUUUGAGGUUUCGAAGCAAUCCAAAUACCCAGCAUGCUAGAUCUUCAACUCGGCUUAUAGCCUCAAUAUGUAUAGGAGAGACAGGGCAAUGUCAUUCAUCAAAACCAUUAAGGACAAAUUUAGAGGAUUUGGCACCAGAUAUUGGCAGGGCACUUCAAGUUGUUCUGAUUUUCAUUGAUGAAUGUCCGUCUCUGGAGCGUUUGGAAGUGAAUUGUUAUCAAGUUUGCUCAUUGUGCAAAGCUGCAGAACUUGCAAAACAAAAAUCUAUGCCAUUGGGGCCUUUCCUUCCGCCAAAAAAUUCAAAAAUGGUAUCAAUCUGCAGUUGUUUAUCAGUAGUGAAAACAUCACGCAAGCUUUCAAUUGAACUAUUACAAGUGCUUCCGUCAGUCCAACUACCACAAACUCUGCAAAUUGCUAUAGUUGAAGAGAAAAUGACACAGUUGCUUAGCUACUCAGGGGAAUUCAUUUCUCAGGAUUCUUCUCUAGUAGAGGAAAGAUCAGUUGAAAUUACGGUGGAAGUUGAUGCUACAAACAAUGGAGCACAUGGUGUCAAGGCAUAUGAAAGCUUCCCUAUUGUAUCUCAUUCAGAGAAGAAAAAUACGAGACAAAUUAAAGAGAAAUUACAAAAGCAUUAGUGUACUUACUCGGGAUGAUCUCGAACAACAUUUUGGCAGUAGUCGUGAAAAUGUUGCAAACAGUUUUGGAGAUUCUUGCUCGUGCAGUUAGCGUAUCUACAAUGAAGCGCAUAUGUAGGAAGCAUGGGAUCUCUCGAUGGCCAUUUCAACCAGAGAGAAAAAAGGAAAGAUUGACGGAAGUUGUCAGUCCAUCUAUGCAUGAGAAACAUGAUUCGAUGCUUCGAUGCAUCCAAAAACCCCUACAUGCUAGAUCUUCACCUCGAACUAUAGCGUUACUAGAUGGAGGAGAGAUGGUGCAACUUGAUUCAUCAAAACAAUAAUCAUUGGUGCAAUUUGAUGUUACAACCAAUAGUGCUCAUCUUGUCAGGGCAAGUCAGAGCUGCUCUACCGUAUCUCAUUUAGAUAAGACAAAUUCAAGAGAGACAUUAAAGAGAGAAUGCAUAACAGAGAAUGUACUUAGUUUUGAGGAUCUCCAACAACAUUUUGGUUGUAAACUUGACGAUGCUGCUAAGGCCCUUGGUGUUAGCGUAUCCACAAUGAAGCACAUCUGCAGGCAACAUGGGAUCCCUCGGUGGCCAUCUCAGAAGAAAAGAAAAGUUUCCAAAACGGAUUGUAUACUCCUUGAACCACAUGGAGAAAAGGAUGUGUCACCCACUUGCAGCAAGAUGCCAACUGAUGGCCAAACAGAGAGAGGGAAUGAAAUGGUUAGACACCUUCAGGACCAAAAUGAAGGCCCAAACUUGUUGAAUACAGAGAAUGGUUCAAGCAAAGAGAGCAUAACAACCCUUAUUUUGGAGGAUUCUGUCCCUGUUUCCGAAAUGAACUAUAUACUCUUUGAACCAGAGGUAGAAAAGAAUGUGUCACCUACCUGUAAGACACCAAUUGGUGGGAUUGUGCUGGAUUUUUUAGAAGGCCCAAACUUGUCGAAUACAGAGAAUCAUGCAAACGAAGAAAGCUUAACAACUCCUACAUUUCCAGAUUCUGUCCCUGGUAAUUAUCCUGUCAUAAACUUGUCUAUUUCAUCUAUGAACAACGAUUGAGACCCCAACCUCCACAACUCUUACUUUUCCAGAUUCUGUCCCUGGUAAUCAUCCUGCCAGAAACUUGUCUAUUUCAUCUACGAGCAAUGAUUGAGACCUCCACCUCCACCUCCACAAAACCCCCACAAGACCCUUACAAAUCUGGACCACUUAUGAUGUGAACCCCACAUAUAUAUGAGUGAGCCCCAUACAUAUAUGGAGGGCCAGGAUCACUUUGAGGGUGUAGAGGUCAUCCCUAAAAGGGGUCCCAAACAUUUUCCUUCAUCUACUUACGGAGAAAGUGCGGAAGCAGGGGCUUUCUCUGAAUUGACAUUUCAACCAAAAGAAUCGACUCCAUCAAAGAUAAUCUCACAUUAUACUAUAACCGUCUUUCGCUUCUUUUUCUCUCCUCUUAUCUUUUUUGUACAAUAGAGGAGGAUAACACUCUAUUUUCCAUACUUUUCUCUACUAAACUAUCCAAAUAAGAAGAAACAAUAUCAUUGUUUUUCUCUUCUUA